CUGGUCAUUCCUGGAGCCUGUUCUGAAAGAACUUCGGGUUCUCCAAGCCGGUGGAAUGGUUGUGAAGACACCAUCUGGAGAUAUUAGUGCAAAAGUCCAUGUACUAAUGACAACUGGCGACAUCCCAGCUCUGGGAAAGAUGGCUUGUCAUGUGGGCCAUAUGAGUAAGGAUGGCUGCCGCAUCUGCCACGUUGUGGGUCAAUCUCCUGGCCAUGGCCAAUAUUUCCGAAUGCCAUCUGCCAUCACCAUGCGCACACCGGAAAGUUUCAAGCACUUUGAUGAGGUGGCCUCAUCCAGCAAAAAAGGGUUAACUGGCCAAUCUCCCUUCUCCUUACUGGAUUCCUUCUCUGGUCCGUUCUUCUUUGCAUUGGAUGAAAUGCACGGCAUUUGUCACGGCAUUGGCAAACAGGUCUGGGGGCUCGUGUGUGGCAAGUAUGGAAAAGAUCAUCCUCUCUCUCUCUCCCUUGUUGCUCAGAAAGAAAUUGGUACUGCCAUGGUGUCAACCAGAAGAAGUAUUUCGACAUCUUUCCACGGUGCAUGGAUCAACAUCGCAACAAGAUCAGGGUACUUCCGGGCUGUGGACUGGGCUGACUUCAUCUUGUUUGUUAUCCCCACGCUCGUGGCAGAGCGUGUCCGUGACCAAGCUGCCCGUAAGGCAUUGCUUGACCUGGUGCAGACAUGCAACCUACUCAUGAGCUGGGAGUUAUCAGCAGAGGAGAAAACCUUGAUCAAAACAAAUCUCGUCGCAUGGAAUGCGUAUCUGGAAGUCUCGCUAGCUAAAGGAGAGGUCCAGCUCAAGGUCUUUACGAUCAACCAGCACCUCCUGCAGCACUAUCCCGCAAUGAUAGAAGCGUAUGGUCCCCCCAGAGCGUAUAGUGCACGAUCUGUCGAGAGGGCGAUUGGGGAAUACUCGCGAGCAAUAAAGACAACAGUAACAGCAACAACUCUCCUUCAGUAUGACGAUCCCUCUGCUGGUUGGCCAAUUGACCGAGAAGGUAGUAAUGUUGGUACUGAUUCUGACAUUGAGUUCUGGGGGCCUUUGAGGAACAGAACGAUUGUUGAUAGUUUUGGAGGCAUUUCUUGUAUUCCAGAGCUUCUUCAAAAGUUCUACGAAUCAAAGGGGGAAGAGUGUAGUAUGAUUGAAGCAGCCAUUAAAACAAGCCGUAAGGCAUUUGUAAAUGGUUGUGUUAUUGACUCUGCACUCGACCAUAAUUGUGUAAGAGAGGCACACAACGUCAGACUUCAGGUUCAGGUUGAUGAGAACCGCAACAUUGGGCAAAGCUACUCUCCAGUCUACAAGGAUUUCUUUGGGAAGGUCGUCGUUUUCUUUGAGCACAAGCUCAACAACAAGAGGUGCCCGCUUGUCCUUGUCAAUGUUUAUGCAGUUCGUUUGGUAAAUAGUAUACCAGUUGUUAACAAUGGGCAAAUGAAGCCAAAGGUAGUUCACCUGGCAGAUGUCAAAGAAUUGGUUGGUUUGGUGAAGUCGGACGCGACUAUAAAUAUAACAACAACAGCAACAACAACAUACAUAGUGUGGCCAGAGCUUAACCGCGGCCCAAAACUGUCACUUGGUUCUCUUGCAGACUUAUAA